AUGAAAUACUGUACCUCCCCGUACUACCACACCUCCAAUGGAGCACACCAAUGUAGCGUCAACAGAAAAUAUCUAACUCCUACAAAGAACGCAACCGCCAUACUUACUUCUGCUCUAGAUCCUCCAAAAAGAUCAAGCAACCCUUUGGACGUCUGUAACCUCACAUCCAAAGAUCCUCCUCGUAGCCCAGCGAAGCGAUCCCACGCCGACUCGACACCAAAGCUUUGGUCACCCGUGGACAAUCUCGAUUACGAAGAACCGAAGAAGAAGAAGCUGAUGCUUAGCAGCAAUGACAUAGAUUACUCGCUUCCGAUCACCACUACUUACUUGAAAUACAUGAGGAGCUUGGGAUGUAGAGAUGAGGACGCCUUCAAGUUCGAUAACAAACACUACAGUUAUCCAACCAAUAUGGACAUUUUACAGAGCACUGGGGCUGUAGUAGUAAAUCCAAUAUUGUUAGAAUGGAAAGGUAUCAAUCAAAAAUCCUAA